AUGGUUAAAGUAUGGGUUCAAUGUGACAAAAACACUUCAGAAAAAAUCAAAAUAGGUCCUGAUUCAGAUAUUGAUGACUUAAAACAAAAGAUUUUUGGUAAAGCUGACAAAGGAAAAUACCAGGCUACAUACAAAGGCCAUGUAUUGAGACCAUCAGCAAAAGUUCCACAGGAUACAACUGAUGAGACAUCAAUUAUAUUUAGUAAAAUUGGUGAUGGGCCGACUCCAGAGUCUCAAGAAUUUGCUGCAUCUGGUGCAUGCAAGAAACUUAAUUGUGAGGGUAGUCCUUGUGCCAAGUGCAACAAGUGCCGUGAUUGGCACUUUGUGGGUAAUCAACAUCAAUGGAAUUGGGUCUGCAAUUGGAAAAAUUGGAACCGGGAUGAUAAGAAGCGUUGGUGUGAUGAUGACUGGAAGCUUUUGAUGAAACGUGAUGAUGCAACUUGUACUGCUGCUGAUCCUCUUGCUGAUGCUGUUGCUGUUGCUGAUCCUGAUGAUCGUUAUCUUGCUUAUCUUGAUGAUCUUCGUGCUGUUUAUCUUGCUGAGGAUGCUCGUGAUGAUGAUGAUGAUGAUCGUCAUGCUUAUCUUGCUUAUCUUAGUGAUGCUCGUGAUCGUCGUGAUGAUGAUUAUCUUGCUGAUCUUCGUGAUGAUCUUGAGGGUGUUGCUCACCUAUGUCUUUGUGAGAAACACUAA